UACUUCUACAAGAUAAUUGCAUAAUUAUACCCGUGGAUCGUGAUGAAUCAUCUGCCGUCCUAUCGCCCAUCGAAUCAUUCUACUUCUUUUUUAUCUUCGUUUUCGUGGAAUCAACGAUCUAUGUUUCAUAUGCAAAGUGGAACACGUACUCGUAUUGCGCGCUCGUCGUCGAGUCUUUUUUAUCUACGCGGCCGUAUCCCACAAUUUUCCUCGCAAUUUCGACUCGGUCGAUUUUCCGAGAAUUCGAAGGAUCGAAAACGUUUCGUUUCGAUGAAAUUGAACGUCCGAUUGUCGAACGGCUUCGGUAGGCGCGCGCUGGCUUCGCGGACAAUGGGACUCGUUCAGACCCGCCGUCGACGACGCUUGUCAACGCGAAGGCUUCGGACUUUCGUAAUCGGUAACCGAGAUUCUCGUUCGGCCGUUCUUCUAUACGUUUGCCGAUAAUAUCGUAAAUACGCCGUAACAAUUAGGAUAUCUCGAAAAAUAGUUAGGACUCCCUUCCUAUCCGACGCGAUGUAUCCUCCCACGCGACGAGACAUCGUCGCGACGACAACGCGACGAGGUGUAUUCGGAUCCCCACCUUUUGCCACGGAUGACCUCUCUCGUUCGAACUGCUUCACAUGGAUAAAUGUACACUUGGCGUCGCGUCGACCACGAGGCCUUUAACGACGCCAGAACGAAACAACCUCUCGUCGUUGGCAUCGCGUUUAUCCGUGUGCAUCAUCGCGAUCGGCGUGUCCGUUGAUUGAUCGAUCGAUCGAUCGAAGAGGAAGCCCUGGUUGCAGCAAGGGCCGAGAUAGACGUCGCCUCUUAACGAUGCCGGCUUGGAUUAUUUUUACUUUGCUCCCUUACGUUGCGGCUCAAUUGGAUUUACCUUCGUCCAGAGAGAAUUCUCGAGACAACUACGACAGACGUCUUCCGCCCACCGAAGCGGAUUUAGAAGAUAUUUUGGCGAGAUUGGACUUUUUAGGCACCGAAAGAUGCAGCGCGAACGUCGCCUCGCAAUGGGCCUACGAAACGGACGUAAACGAAUAUACUCAACUGCAAGCGUUGGAGUCGCAGAGAAUAUACGCGGAUUUUCAAAACCAAGCAUGGUUUCUGAUAUCGAGAAUCGAUAGGAACAACGUUAGAGAUCCCGUGACCAGAAGACGUCUCAGAUAUUUAUCGGUAGUUGGACCGUCUGCGCUUCCUCCGGAUCAAUUGGACAGGUACAAUCGUGUGAUCAACGACAUGCUGGCAGUUUACAACGAAGCGAAUAUUUGCGCGUACAACGAUCCCUUCCGAUGCGGAUUACGUUUAUACCCAGACAUAUCGCAGAUCAUGGCGAGGAGUCGUAAUUGGGACGAAUUGCAGUACGUGUGGACGGAAUGGAGAAGACGAAGCGGAAUGAGGAUCAAGGAUCUUUACCAACAACUGGUGGUUUUGAAUAACGAAGCGGCUCGAUUGAAUAAUUUCACCGACGCAGCGGAAUACUGGAUGUUCCCUUACGAGUCUCCGAAUCUGCAGCAAGAUAUCGACGAAGUUUGGGAAAUGAUACGACCAUUGUACGAAGAAUUGCACGCGUACGUUCGGAGGAAACUUCGAGAUUUGUACGGACCCGAGAAAAUCGCCGCUCACGCUCCACUUCCGGCUCAUAUUCUCGGAAACAUUUGGGCACAAUCCUGGACCAAUAUCAUCGACGUUACUUUACCUUAUCCAGGAAAGAAUUACAUAGACGUUACGCAGGAAAUGCAAGCGCAGGGGUAUACGCCUAUAGAGAUGUUCCGUAUCGCGGAAGAAUUUUAUCUGUCCAUGAACCUGAGCGCCAUGCCACCGGAAUUCUGGGCCGGAAGCAUAAUAGCGGACCCAGGAGAUCGGCCGUUGAUUUGCCAAGCUUCUGCGUGGGACUUUUGCAAUCGUUUAGAUUACAGGAUCAAGAUGUGUACCAAGGUUACCAUGAAGGACUUGAUCACGGUGCAUCACGAGAUGGCCCACAUUCAAUAUUUCCUGCGAUACAGCGGAUUGCCGCGGGAAUUUCGGGACGGCGCUAACCCAGGAUUCCACGAAGCUGUGGGCGAAGCUGUCGCGCUAAGCGUGGCAACUCCACACCACCUUCAAACUCUAGGUUUAGCCAAUAAAUAUAUCGACGAGGGAAGCGCGGACAUUAAUUACCUGUUCAGCUUGGCGAUGGAGAAAUUAGUGAUGCUACCGUUCAGCAUCGCCAUGGAUAGGUGGCGAUGGGACGUGUUUCGCGGUUACGUGACCAGGGAGGAUUACAACUGUCAUUGGCAUCGACUGAAGGAACAAUAUUCCGGAAUCAAACCGCCCGUGUUGAGAUCGGAAGACGACUUUGACCCUGGCGCCAAAUAUCACGUUCCAGCGAACAUCCCUUACAUACGGAACUUUGUUGCCGGCGUUCUCCAGUUCCAAUUGUAUCGAGCACUUUGUCAAGCAGCUGGACAGAGGUACGUCGAUGAUCCUAGAAGACCACUGCACAGGUGCGACUUCUACAGGAGUCCGGAAGCUGGAAGGAUCUUGGGAAAGAUAAUGGAAAGAGGCUCGUCGAUCCCGUGGCAAGAAACGCUACAAGAAGCGAUCGGCGAGGACAGAUUGGACGCGUCCGCGCUCAGGGAGUACUUCAGGCCUCUCGAAGACUGGCUGAGAACGGAGAACCUGAGAACCGGAGACGUGGUGGGCUGGUCGUACGACGGCGACUACUGCAAACGGAGCAUCGAGACUGCUGGUCUACAAGUGUACGGAAGCGGAUUUUACAACGCAGCUGUUAGAACACGGCCCACGACGAUUCUCCCUGGAAUCAUCGCGAUAUUCUUAACGAUUUCGACGCUUCGUUAAGAGAGAAAUUUUUCCCUAAAUUUCCUUAAUUGGACGCGAACGAAGCACAUGGUUGCCUACAGCGUUUCGAAAUUUCCCUUUCCCUUUUCUCGUCUCCCGUCUCUCGUCUCUCGUCUCUCGUCUCUCGUCCUUCGUCUUUUGCCGAACGGAGAAGAUCGAUAUCCUUCGAUCGGCUCGAACGAACCAAAUAAAUGACCAAACGUGCGGGUGCGAUCAACUUGUUACGCAGCUGGAACGGAAAUAAAUCCGAUUAAGCGAACGCGUUAAUACUCGAAUCGCGUGUUGCUCUUCUAACUAUUCCUUAUUAAUUUAACGGUUAACGAAGUAAUUACACGGCCCGUAAUUAAACAACUAGCUCGCGUGGCAGCGCGUGAAUCGUUUUACGCCCUGCUGACAGAUCGCUCGAGCAUCGCGCCGAAGGAAAAGAAAGGGAAAGGAGGAUGAUCGUGAAUCCGGAUCUGCAAUUAGAGUCGCUACCUUCCCACGUAACUUACCCGAAAAUUUCAUAGAAAAGAAAUCGAUCGAUUAUUACAAAUAUGUCAAGUUAGUUUUCCACGAAGAUUUCAACGAACGACGAUAAAAAUAUUAACCAGUUAGAUAAAUACACGUAUCUUUCACCCAUCCUCUUGUAUAUUCCCCGGCGUAAAUUAUACUGUUAGAAAAUGAUGCUAUUUUUCUAUUCUAAUGCCGCGUUAAGUGUAAGACGUAUACGGAAACGAAUAAACUAACUCGGAAAUUGUUCGAAAAGGAA